UCCCAUUCCGUUUCCUAUAGUUUAAACUAGCCACCGAUAGGGGCGAUUUACCAAGAGGAACUUGAAUCGAGAAAAGGCAACCACCCUUAACGUUCACAUCCAAGUGUUCCAUUGUGAAAGAAAGAGCCACGCGUUCAGAUUUGCAUUCUAUCGAGUGAAGCGUUUCCUGCAAAAAAAAAAAAAAAAAAAAGACAUCACAAAAACUCUUUUUGGUUUUUACUCUGCGUUCGUCCGAAAUAAGUGUGCCCCUGUCAUCAAGAGGAAAACCACCAGAGGACGGCGUCUUGCUGCAACAUUGCAGAGGAGCACCAAGGAGGAAAGUAGGAAAAGCAUAGGAGAAAGGGCAGAGAAAAUGAUCGAGGUGGAGCUUGGCGCGUCGAUACCGCCAGACACUGCACAUGCAGUGAGCGUGUCGCUGCCGACAUGGCAGGCCAACGUGGGAUAUGAGGAGGGCCAGUCAUGGGUGGUCGACCGCAUGACGACUGGCUACCCUAGGUUCUUUAUCCACAAGACCAUCACUGGCUUUGCCGAUGAGCUGGCCGCAAGAUUUGGCCAACCCGGGCAGAAGGCCAUGUUGUUCCCCAACAGGCAGGCUGCUUUGAGAUGCGUCGAUUACGUCAGGGGACGUGCCCCGUCGCAAUCGGCACUGGCUGGCCUCGACGCUGUGCACCUGACCCUGACCCCUGAGGCCCCCAAGGUCGUUGUCGACCAGCUCAGGCCCAUCUCACCCGCCGUAUCGGCUGUGCUGCUGUCCCCCGAGGCGUUCCCGGUCGCCAAGGAGUACUGGCAGCACUCUGGCGACGGUGUCUCGAGCCGGAGGGCCGAGUUUUGCCAGAACCUCUUCUCGGCCAAACUGCUGGUCCCAGAAGGCUCAUCACCCCUUUCGCCCCAGCCGCCAGUCUUCAAGUCCGCCAAGGGACCGAGGCGGUACCGCCGGGAGACGCCAUCAAACGACACACCUGCGCCCAACGGUACCAACGGGGCCACCACGCCUCCCAAAGCAGCCAAGACGCAAGAGCAAGAGUCGGAAGAGGAGACGGAGCGCUUCCUCGAGGAGCGGUUCGGGCGUAACCUCGACAUCUCCCUCCUCCCCCGCGCGCGAUCGGCCAUCAAGAGGCGCAUCGCUGGUGCCCUUUCAGCGGACCAUGACAUCUCCAGCAGCCACACAUUCCCAGCCAUGGAGUCCAACACGCGCGGCGUCAACAACCUCGUGGAAGAUGACGUGCUCAUAUAUCCCUGCGGCAUGAACGCCAUCUUCCAUGCCCACCGGCUCCUCAUGUCGGCGCGCGGCCGUGAUCUUAAGAGCAUCAACUUUGGCUUCCCCUAUGUUGACACGCUCAAGAUUCUCCAAAAGUUUGGCCCCGGCUGCGUCUUCUACGGCCACGCCUCCGAGGCCGACCUGGACGACCUGGAACGCCGCCUAGAGGCCGGCGAGCGGUACCUGGCGCUCUUUUGCGAGUUCCCAGGCAACCCGCUGCUUACGUGUCCCAACCUGGCCCGGAUCCGUACCAUGGCCGACAAGCACGACUUUGCCGUCGUCGUCGACGAGACCAUCGGGACCUUUUCCAACAUCAACGUGCUGCAGUACGCCGACAUUGUGGUCAGCAGCCUAACCAAGAUCUUCUCGGGUGACUGCAAUGUCAUGGGCGGCAGCAGCAUCCUGAACCCCAACGGGCGGUACUACGGCGCCCUCAAGGCCGCCGUGGCGACCGACUACGAGGACACGUACUGGGCCGAGGACGUGCUCUUCAUGGAGCGCAACAGCCGCGACUUUGCCUCGCGCGUCGUCCGCAUCAACGUCAACGCCGAGGCCGUUUGCGACCUGCUCCACAGCCACCCGCUGGUCCGCCGCGUGCACUACCCCAGGGUCAACGCGGACCGCGCGAACUACGAGCAGUGCCGGCUGCCAUCGGGAGGCUAUGGAGGCUUGCUCUCGGUCGUGUUUCGCGACAAGGAGGCCGCCGUGGCCUUUUACGACGCCAUCAAGACGGCAAAGGGCCCCAGCCUCGGUACAAACUUCACCCUGGUCUCGCCAUAUGUCCUCCUCGCCCACUACAACGAACUGGACUGGGCCGCUAGCCUGGGCGUUGACCCCAACCUGCUGAGAAUCAGUAUCGGGCUGGGCGAGACGGAGGAGCUCGUUGACACGUUUAAGAAGGCGCUCGAAGUGGCAGAGGUCGCGGUCGGCGCGGCUGGGAAGGAGGAGGCUCCGGCUGCUGCACCUAAGGUCCAGUAGCAUUAAUAUAAUCACGACUAUUCAAAAUCUAGAUUACCAUUUCUUGUCUUUUUUUCUUCGAACCAAGGGAACAACAUGACAGAUCAUAGUUGGUGCUUGGGGUAUAUAUUCAAAACCAAGCGACUAUAGAAUGCUUCUCUCGUUGAAUCAAAAGUCUCUUGGGUAUCGUAAAAAAGAUCGUAUUUACAAAAUAAAAUAAAAAAGCCGCCCCUUGCCAACAAUACCAACGAUUUGACUGAAUAAAACCCCACAUAUUAUUGAUUAACUUUGUCCUGGUCAUCAUUGGCUUUCUUUCGUC